GACUUUCUGACAAGCCCCCCCGCUCGAGUCCCCGCGAAUAGCGGGUAUCCUUGGGCUCCCCGCCACUCCCCCUUCCCGCCGCCCCCCUCAUGUUUACCCAGUUGGGGGGUGCUGUAAACGUGUAUCCCCUCCCCAAACUUUUUGUUGGAUUUACGUGUUUUCAUUCCCAAGCCAGUGCCGAGCCUUGGCAGCUGACACCCUCUCCCUCUGUCCAGCUCUACCGCCGUCCCAUUCAGCCCGGGGAAUCCCCUGGCCGGGGGUGGGGGGGGCGGGGGCCCGGCACUCCGGGAGGCCCCACCUUCUGCUGGGGCGCGUUUCUCUCUCGUCCCACCUUUAGCGUUUCCUCCAACCAAGUGGGGGAGACGGCCAGUGGAGAGAGCAAACAAAGUCCGCUUACAGAGCCCCCAGAUGAGUCAUUCGUGGGGUGUUGGUCUUCACUUUUUGCAAGAAACUUGAAGGCCCACGAAGCCUCCCAUCACCAACAGCAGGCAGCACAGAACAGCUUGCUGCCCCUCCUGAGCUCUGCUGUGGAGCCCCCUGAUCAGAAACCAUUGCUUCCAAUACCAAUAACUCAGAAACCUCAGGCUGCUCCAGAAACAUUAAAGGAUGCCAUUGGGAUUAAAAAAGAAAAACCCAAAACUUCCUUUGUGUGCACUUACUGCAGUAAAGCUUUCAGGGACAGCUAUCACCUGAGGCGCCACGAGUCCUGCCACACAGGCAUCAAGUUGGUGUCCCGGCCAAAGAAAACCCCCACCACGGUGGUUCCCCUUAUCUCCACCAUCGCUGGGGACAGCAGCCGAACUUCGUUGGUCUCAACCAUUGCAGGCAUCUUGUCAACAGUCACUACAUCUUCCUCGGGCACCAACCCCAGCAGCAGUGCCAGCACCACAGCUAUGCCCGUGACGCAGUCUGUCAAGAAACCCAGUAAGCCUGUCAAGAAGAACCAUGCUUGUGAGAUGUGUGGGAAGGCCUUCCGAGAUGUGUACCACCUCAAUCGGCACAAGCUCUCCCAUUCGGACGAAAAGCCCUUCGAGUGUCCUAUUUGUAAUCAGCGCUUCAAGAGGAAGGACCGGAUGACUUACCACGUGAGGUCUCACGAAGGAGGCAUCACCAAACCCUAUACUUGCAGUGUUUGUGGGAAAGGCUUCUCGAGGCCUGACCACUUAAGCUGUCACGUAAAACAUGUCCAUUCAACAGAAAGACCCUUCAAAUGCCAAACGUGCACUGCUGCCUUUGCCACCAAAGACAGACUGCGGACACACAUGGUACGCCACGAAGGCAAGGUAUCCUGUAACAUCUGUGGGAAGCUCCUGAGCGCAGCAUACAUCACCAGCCACUUAAAGACACACGGGCAGAGCCAAAGUAUCAACUGUAAUACAUGUAAACAAGGCAUCAGUAAAACGUGCAUGAGUGAAGAGACCAGCAGCCAGAAGCAGCAGCAGCAGCAGCAGCAGCAGCAUGUGACGAGCUGGCCAGGGAAGCAGGUAGAGACACUGAGACUGUGGGAAGAAGCUGUCAAAGCAAGAAAGAAAGAAGCUGCUAACCUGUGCCAAACCUCCACGGCUGCUACGACACCUGUGACUCUCACUACUCCAUUCAAUAUAACGUCCUCUGUGUCGUCUGGGACUAUGUCAAACCCAGUCACAGUGGCAGCUGCAAUGAGCAUGAGAAGUCCAGUAAAUGUUUCAAGUGCAGUUAACAUAACCAGCCCAAUGAACAUAGGGCACCCUGUGACUAUAACCAGUCCAUUGUCCAUGACCUCUCCUUUAACACUCACUACCCCAGUCAACCUCCCCACCCCCGUCACUGCCCCAGUGAAUAUAGCACACCCUGUCACGAUCACGUCUCCAAUGAACCUGCCCACGCCUAUGACGUUAGCUGCCCCUCUCAAUAUAGCAAUGAGGCCUGUAGAGAGCAUGCCUUUCUUACCCCAAGCUUUGCCUACAUCACCACCUUGGUAAACAGUAUUAUAAAAUCAAAAUAUGGGUUCAAGUAAAUAUUUACCAGCAACUUACUUUUAGUUUAUUAAAGCAAAAAGUAAACCAUGAAAUUGGGAGAUUUAUUACAUUAGUUAAUAAUAGUGUAGUAGCAUUAUUCUCCAAUUUGGCUGGGAUUGUUCAAAGUAGGGUGUGUAUGUCACUUAUCACUGGACCACUUUAGUUUAAUCAGAAAUUCCUUUUAGCUGACAGCAUUGCUUAAACAGGAUAGUAGUUGGCAAGAUGAAAGCCGGAAUUAAAACCAAUCAUGAAAAAGCAAAACCCAUUUCAAAAUUAAAAAGCAGCAUUACUGUUUUUGAUCCCAAGAAAUCAUUUUAUUCUGAACACUAGCAGAACUCUUCUCCCCAUAUAUACAAGGUGGAUGGCUAAUUUUAACCUGAAGUUCUAAAUCCAGGGAUUGAGAGCUAGUGUAAAAUUGUCUGUGUUUAUUGUUUUUAUGAGUAAAUACAUGCAUUGUCAUAAUAAAAUGCAUUUCAGAGAAUAUGCAUUUUACCUUUGGGAAUAUGUUAAUUUCAGGCAGCAUUCCCUAUGGGAAAGGUGAUACCAGCUCUGAUAUGCAAAGCAUAUGAUAAUUUAUCAUUCUAUCUUCAACAUAUAAUAGGGAUUGUGACCUGAUAUUUGGAGAUGUAAAUAUUGCUCAGCAUACUAAUCCUGAUGGAAUAUAGCAUUGUAGUUGACUUUUUUAAAAAACUUAAAAAAACAAACAAAAUAUACACAUUGUGUUUUGGUAAGAAAAGGCCGCAGCUGACAGAGGAGAAGUCAAGUGUGCGGACAGGCAGACUCCUAACAAACAGAGGCCAAUGGGACUCCUAUUCAGGGGUCAAGGAGUACUUUGGAACAGUUAAAAUAUAUUGCUUUAAUUGGAAGAUGCUGGAGGCACUGGGAUGUGAUAUGCCCCUCUCUCUCCCAAUCAGAGCCUGUUGAUAUUUCAACAGGGAAAGGUGUGUUAGUUGCUCACUAGAGUUUAUGUCUUAUAUUAAAUUGUAUACAGUUUUUAUUCUAACCACUAACUAGGUAGUAUGCCCCUUCAGAACAAGCAGAGUGUAUCUUUUUUUUUUAAGUUCUCCUUCUGUUUCUUAAGUAUUGUGCAGAUUUGUUCAACUUUGUAAAUAUGGACAACACUUUUUGUUCUUUGAGAAAACACUUGUAUCAGCUUUGUCGGGUUUUCAGGGAGACAGCUGUCUGCACUCCCUGCAGAAAUCCAGCAAUGAUUGUGCACGUUAAGACAUGUGCUUUUUAUUUCUUAGCAGGAUGUUUUAUCUCUGUACAUAGUACAAAGUAGAAACCAAAAGCUAGGGAGACAGAUACUCUUUACACCAUCAUGUCACACAUUAAUGUUUUUAAAGCAUUGUGUUUUGAAAAAGAAGUUACUAAAACCAAGGCGCUGUGAUUAUUUUUUUUUUAAGUUGCAAUAUGUUUUGGUUUUUUUUCCCUUUUUUUAAUCUUGCAGUUAAGAGAAAUGGACAUUAGUUGUGUUAAUCUUGCAGAAUGUUUGCAGGACUGACUAUCAAACUGGAUGACUUCCAUUUAUACCCCACUGUGUCAGUUCAAGCAUCAAAAUACCUUGCAUCUGAGGCAGACUUCCUACAUCAGGGACAGGUAUCUGUGUGUCAUUAUACAAAACAGUUCGAGGGGGUUGAACUACGUAGUAAAAAAAUAAAAUAAAUAGUACUUAGUGUAAAAUAAUUUUAUAAAUGAUCUUUUGUACUUUAGGACAUUAAAUUGUACAACUUUUGUAUAUAUAAAAGCUUAGGAACUUUCUGUUUAGCAGGAAGGCAACACAUUCCUACACUUUUAAUGUAUAUGUUUGUUAUAAUGUCCAUGUAAACAUGCCCUAUGUUUGUGCCUUUUAAUUAGUUUGUCUCAAUAAACAAAAUGUAGAGAAAAAUAUGUAGCUAUGACUUUGUUACAACUGUUCCUAUCCACAGUACCAAAAUGGUUUGUUUUUAAUAUGUAGAGCAUUAUGUGUGGACUACUGGAAGGACUCGUGUAGGGAAGGCCCAUGCGUGGCCCUGCUGAGGUCUGGAUUGGGCAGGUCUUGGCCACAUUUGGAGGAAGCCAACGUUUCCUGGCACGCAGCCCCAGGACCAGGUUCUGGCUCUGCCCGCUAGGACCUGUCGUCUCUCUCUGGCUGGGCUGGCAAUCACAAUCCUCCAUGAUUGAGAUGGCCCUGGCUUCCUCCACAAUGGCCCAAGGAGCAGUCCUCAGUGGGGGCAGGUGUGGACCCUACCCCCAGGCUAGAGUGUGGUCGUCAGAACCCUAAAAGUAUUAGUUCUUUAAAAAAAAAAAAAAAGAUAUAUACUAGGAAUGAUUGCUUUAUCAAUUCAUUGUAUAAUAAACAGGAGUGAGAAUUCAUUGUAUGACUUCAGUUAAAAUGAUAUUUUGUAUGCAUUCUUUAUUCACUUAAGCUUGUCUGCAAUAAUAAACCCACGUCGUGUCUUCUUUUGGGAGGGAGAGAGUUGGCAGGCUGGGGGUGGCAGUGGGCCACUGAAAGCAGGGGCCGAGUAGGUUGUGUGGUGAAAUUCUCCUGUCUUGGAACUGGAAUUGAGUUUUGAUGCUGAUGAACUGAUUCAACCAAAUGUUGAAGGCAAGAAGGCCACCGCUCACGAAAAAAGCAGAGAGUUUGUUUUUCUCUUCUGGUUGUAACCUGGUUGAGAGCUUCCCCUUUAUCAGAUUGGCAGCUAAACAGUUGUAUUAGAUCAUCCUCAAAUCUGACAUCCAGCCUGUUACGCUCUAGGGCUCGCUGCUUGGCCUACAUUUGCCUUUUAUUGUGUAUCCAUUUCCCUCCUAAGGUGUGCUCCUAAACGAAGGUUUCUAUGUAAGCAGAUGGAUGAUUUUUCCUGUCAAUACCAGCACUGUAUUACUAACAUGCAAAAACUGCAGAUUUAUUUUGACAAAUUAAAGUUAACCGGUCACAAA